AUGCCCUCCUUCCUGCCGGACGGAAGUGCGGCAAUCGACUCCCAAUCCUCGGGCCUCGUGCACCUCGAUCAAGCCGCCCAGUACGGCCUGUCAAACCCCGGCAAACUCGAUGUACACGUUGCGCGCCAGCCACACUCGCACACAUCCAACGAGAGCUUCGACGAGAGCUCCUACAACUCGUCUAAUUCUUCACAAACCUCCGAGGCCUCUGCCGACCCGCGAACGCGACUCAACCACGACGUGAAUGGGGAAUAUCCGAAAAAGGCUCCCCCAAGUAUGAACACGCUGCCAAAUGGCAGUCCUGCUGGAGGAUUGACGAACGGAUCGGGCAACACCACGAUCGACUCGACGAGCCGCAAACCAAUACCGAAUGGCAAUUCGACAGUGUUGGUGGACAGGACGCUAAAGGCUAAUGGGGGGAAUGAUUCAACAACAUCGAGCCCGCAAGAGGCCUUUCCGCGGAUAUCUGUCAGUUCAGGACUCGACGUUAACGGUACCGCGCAGACCGACCCAUAUGCGCGGCCAAUAAGUAAAGGGGGCAUUCGCACAGUUCAGGAUAACAACGAGUCGUCGGUAGCAACCUUGCCUCUCAACGCCUCGACCGCGACGUCCGAUUCUUUAAGCCCGGAACCGAAAAACCAAAAGGCGCCACACAGAUAUUCCUCCCCCCCAUUUCCCGGCCCGAUUGCCUCAGGCCCGCUAGCACCACCACCACCACCUGCCCCUGGGAUCAAGCACCGUCACACACUCGAGGUUCCCAAGGUAACACAAGGGCGCGGAUCGCGGGAUGGGGCCGAAGGUUAUGCUAGCGGCAGAUUCUCGCCCACCAUUGGCGGCGGAGUUAGGAGAGCAUCGUUGAGUUUGGCUAGGAGGAACACGAGAUCUCUGCACUCGGAGGCCCACCAUGAGGUGAUGCCGGAUGAAGAUGCCAUGCGGUGGGCCGAAGCGUACAGGCAAAAGCGCGCUACCAAGAGAAGGAGAAGGGAAAUUGAGGAUGAUGACAGAGUGCUGGUCGGGACAAAGGUGGAUGAGACGCACGCGAACUGGGUGACGGCAUACAAUAUGUUGACUGGCAUCCGUGUGGCCGUGUCGAGAACCAACGCGAAACUUGACCGGCAGCUGACGGACGCCGACUUCGACGUCAAGCAGAAGUCUACUUUCGAUAUUGCCGGAAACGAACUGGUGCCGUCGGCCAAGUACGACUUCAAGUUCAAGGACUAUGCUCCGUGGGUCUUCCGCCACCUGCGAGCACUGUUCCGCCUCGAUCCCGCCGACUAUCUCAUGUCCUUGACGGGUAAGUACAUCUUGUCAGAGCUUGGGUCGCCGGGCAAGAGUGGAAGUUUUUUCUACUUUUCGCGGGACUACAAGUACAUCAUCAAGACGAUCCACCACGCCGAGCACAAGUUUCUCAGGAAGAUCUUGAAGGAUUACUACCAGCAUGUCACCAACAACCCCAACACUCUGCUUUCGCAGUUUUACGGUCUUCACCGGGUCAAGAUGCCCUACGGCAAAAAGAUCCACUUUGUCGUCAUGAACAACCUGUUCCCGCCACACCGGGACAUCCACCAGACUUUCGACUUGAAGGGCUCGACGAUUGGGCGAGACUACAGGGAGGAGGAGCUGGCGAACAACCCGAGGGCAACGCUGAAGGAUCUGAACUGGCUGCGCCGGAAGAGACAUCUUGAGCUGGGGAUUCAGAAAAAGAAGAUGUUCUUGGAGCAACUGCAGAAGGAUGUGCGGUUGUUGCAGAAGCUGCACAUCAUGGAUUACUCGCUGCUGAUAGGCAUCCACGAUCUUCAGAGGGGGAACGAGGAAAACUUACGGGAUAAGACGUUGCGGGUGUUCAACCCCGGGGGCAAUGGCGUUCCGGAGGAUGAGAACCCUCACUCGGUUCUGAUGAGGACGCCGUCAAAGCUGGAGAACCAGCGGAAGGCGAGAGAGCUGAGGCAGAUGAUCCAGACGGAGAAGCCAGUGCCCAUGGGCGAAACUAGUAGCCGGAUGCCGGAUGAGCUUGAGGACGGGCAGAAGUCCGGCUUUGUGUUUAACCAGGAUGAUGGAGGAUUCAGGGCGACGCAUGAGGAUAAUGCACCGGGGGAUGAGAUUUACUACCUGGGGGUGAUUGAUUGUCUCACUCACUACGGCAUGAUCAAAAAGAUCGAGCACUUUUGGAAGGGCCUGUCCAGCGAUCGCACGCAGAUCUCGGCCCUCCCGCCACACGAGUACGGCGAGAGGUUCAUCAACUUUAUCAACGGCGUAACAAUGUCACAGGAGGAGGCUUUGCGAGAAGCUCAAGAAAGAGACGCGGCUCAAGCAGCUGCUGCCGCCUCGGAGGAACGACAACGGGUAGGCAGCUGGAGUAGUCUCCGGGGCCGCUCGUCGAAUGCAGCUCCUCCAGUACCAAGCUACCUCCCUCCAGCGCCACCGGGAGCCUCGUCGUCGGGCAUGAAAUUACCCGAGGUUGAGCUCACGAUGCAAAAGGCUGAGGAGCAAGCAAGGAGAAGCGAGCAUCGCGGCCCGAGCGAGGAGAACAUACCUGAUCGCACUCUCCGAACUACCGCCUCUCCGUCCAAUAACCCUGGUUCCAGCAGCGGGAAACAUCAGUCCCCGCCGCUUGGUGACCGUCGAGACACAGCAGUUCUGCCGGUGGUAGAGGAAGCGGCUGAAAGCCAGUCAACCAAGUCCCGCCGCAGUCAGAAAUCACACACGAGUCGUCUCAGUCAAGAAGACGACCACCGACCGCCCACCCCCGCAAAGGACGGUGAUGAUUUCCGCACAGGGACCUUUACCAGCCAUUUGAUGGGUGGUAGGAGUAGGGGCAGCGAUUCAGGGAGACCGCCACCGACGCCGCCCAAAACAGGCCAUGGCUAUGGCGGCGUCUCGCAUCACAUCAUGAUGAAGCCAGACAGCGUGGAUAGCGGGUAUGGUCAAGGUGGCGGGUUGAGGAGCGUGUCGGGGAGCCAAAAGAGCCGGUUGGAUCAGGGGCAUGUGAAGAACCAGAUCAGUAGGGAUAGUUUGGAUAAGGCGCUGCCCCCGCUGCCGAGGGUCAAUGGGAGUUCUUAG